UCAGGUGCGCGCGUGGCUCCGGCUGCGCAGGAACAGCUGGUGUCUCCGAAGGCGGCCGGCGAGCGGACGGGCUGUGGUGCUGGCGGCCAGUGGCGCCACGCUGCGGGAGCCGCCGCCGCCGCCUCGCACCGCAGCACCAUGUCCGGCCAGCUGGAACGUUGCGAGCGCGAGUGGCAUGAGCUGGAGGGAGAAUUUCACGAACUGCAGGAAACCCACAGGAUCUACAGGCAGAAGCUGGAGGAGCUGACUUCACUCCAGACUUUAUGUAGUGGCUCUAUCAACAAGCAGAAGACGCGACUAAAGGACUUGAAGCACACACUCCAGAGGUACAAACACCAUGCGAGUCGGGAGGAGGCAGAGCUCAUCCAGCAGAUGAGUGCCAACAUCAAGGAGCGGCAGAAUGUCUUCUUCGACAUGGAAGCCUACCUGCCCAAGAAGAAUGGGCUCUACUUAAACCUGGUCCUUGGCAAUGUGAAUGUGACCCUUCUCAGCAACCAGGCCAAAUUUGCUUACAAGGAUGAGUACGAGAAGUUCAAGCUCUACCUGACCAUCAUCCUGCUCCUAGGUGCUGUGGCGUGUCGAUUUGUCCUUCACUACAGGGUGACUGACGAAGUUUUUAACUUCCUGCUGGUGUGGUAUUACUGCACCCUGACAAUCCGGGAGAGCAUUCUCAUCAGCAAUGGCUCGAGAAUUAAAGGCUGGUGGGUGUCUCACCACUACGUGUCCACGUUCCUCUCUGGAGUGAUGCUGACCUGGCCUAACGGAUUAAUUUAUCAGAAGUUUCGUAAUCAGUUUUUAGCGUUUUCCAUUUUUCAGAGCUGUGUCCAGUUCCUGCAAUAUUAUUACCAGAGGGGCUGCCUCUACAGGCUGCGGGCUCUGGGAGAGAGGAAUCAUCUGGACCUCACGGUGGAAGGGUUCCAGUCCUGGAUGUGGCGGGGCCUCACCUUCCUCCUGCCUUUCCUGUUCUGUGGCCAUUUCUGGCAGCUCUACAAUGCCGUCACGUUGUUUGAGCUCUCCAGCCACGAGGAAUGCAGAGAAUGGCAGGUGUUCGUGUUGGCGCUCACUUUCCUCGUCCUCUUCCUUGGCAAUUUCCUGACCACACUCAAAGUCGUGCACGCGAAACUUCAGAAGAACAGAAACAAAGGGAAGAAGCUGUGAGCCAAGGGACCUGUGCACCCCCAGCCCCUGGGGUUCAAGACUGCAGGGGGUUCCAGCUGGCACCUGGCUGCACCUGAUUUCCUCCCCACAGUGUCCUUGGCCACUGCAGCAGCCACCUCAGGGGCCAGCGCAUCACUGGUAGAAGGGCCAAGGCCCUGGUCCCCAGUGGACAAGGAAUGUGGCCCCUGCCCGUCUGCACAAUGUUAGCCUGCUCAGCCUCCCUAUUUAUGACAUAUUUAACACGGGGUCCUCCCGACUGCCCUAGAAUCCGCAGUCUUCCCUCGCUGCCCUCUCACGGCUGAGACUGGGUCAGUCUUCCUGGGCGGGGACCUAAAGCCUCAGGGAGCCCCUCAGGUUGGGGUUUGGAUGUGCCUCGUUGGAGUGCCAACCUGCUACUUACUGAGUCCCCAGCAGGUGGAAGGAAACCCCUCGGCGUCCUGUGGAGCCUCCCUCCCCGGGGCAAACCGGCAAACCGCUUCCGCUGUAAGCUCUCCUGGCCUCCGCUGCUCCGUGGUGGGGUAUUUAAGUUCUCAGAGAAUCAC